AUGUUGGACCUAGAGAAGCAGUUCCUCUUUUAUGGGGCAUACCACCAUCAUCCAGUGAGUGUUGCUCUCUACCUAGAUAUGGAUGAAGGAAAAAAAAAAAGAAAGAAAGAAAGAAAGAGAAAAACUAACGGGUCGAUAAAGAUCAAUGUUAUCAUCCAUAUCACCUGCGUGCCAAUUAUAAUGCUCUGCAUGUUCCUACUGGUGGGCAGUGCCGGCCCGCUGUUCUCUGUGCCAGAGGCCAUCAGCAUCCAGAAUCUGCCUCCUAAUGGCGGAACGAUAGCAGCGUUCGUCUACCUGUUGCUAUACAUGCUGAUGGAACCGGUGGCCGGCGCCAUGCUGGCACCAUUGCUGCUGAGCGGAACAGCGUACAUAAACCACCUCCUCGCCGCCUACGGGCAAACGGCCGUGUACUGGUCGCUGGCCGUGCAAGGAGUCGCCUGGAUCCUGCAGUUUGUAGGCCACGGCGUGUUCGAGGGUCGCGCCCCGGCGCUGCUCGACAACCUGGUGCAGGCCUUCUUCCUGGCGCCCUUCUUUGUCUGGCUCGAGGUGCUCUUCUACCUGGGCUACCGCCCCGAGCUGAAGUCACGCCUCGACGCCGCCAUUGCCAAGGAGGUCGCCAAAUUCAACAAGCAGAAGGCCGAGAAGACCAAGGCCAAGUAG